AUGAAAGUCAAUACCAUCCUCUUCUUCAAUGCCAUCAUCCUUGGCUCGGUGACAUUAGCAUUCACGGGCCAAUCGACACCGACACUGACACCCCUGGACGGAAGUUUUAAUGGCAUUCGUUUCAACGAGUCUGACACUGACUCGGCAGAUUUAGUCACACGUAGUUCUUCAUACGGAGUCUACAUUUGCUCCAAACCUCACUGGCAAGGCACAUGUUUCUGGAGCGCUAUUGACGAAUCCAGGCUCGGGAAGGGUGAUUGCGGCGCUGUGACUGCUUUUGAUGGCUGGGCUUCCGUGGGCCCUGAUCAAGGGUUGAAGGUCGACAUUUACAGGGACAUAUAUUGUGCUACGAUAGGGAAGGCAGGCGUGCUUUAUCCCGGUGUUGAUGAUCUCAUCAGCAAUGGUGUGCCCGAAGCCAUCUCGGCCUACUUUGGCAUGAAGUUCUUCAAAGCUUGA